AUGCCCUACUGUCCCAGACUCCAAAAGCUAUUUGCUCUGAAAUCUGUCCACAAGGCACAAGGAAAGCACAAAUUAAAGGUCUACCUCUUAAUCAAUCAUCUCUCACCAUGCCAUUUUUCUACUUUAGGAGCAACAGACUGUAUCAACUGUCCUGAAGAGUACUGGUCUAAUGAAAGAAAAGAUAACUGCAUCAUGAAAAUAACAGAGUUUCUAUCAUACACUGAAACAAUGGGGAUUAUUCUUAUGGCCCUCUCCCUACUGGGUGCCUGUUUAACAUUUUCUACUAUGGUGGUGUUCAUACACUUUAGAGACACACCAAUAGUAAAAGCAAAUAAUUCAGAGCUGAGCUUACUUUUACUUCUUUCUCUUAUAUUUUGCUUCCUCUGUCCUCUCACAUUCAUUGGUGAGCUAACAGUCUGGUCAUGCAUGUUGCGUCACACAGCAUUUGGCAUUGCCUUUGCCCUCUGCAUUUCCUGUAUGCUGGGGAAAACCAUAGUUGUGGUAACUGCCUUCAGAGCAACAUUACCUGGGAACAAUGUGGCAGGAAAGUUUGGACCACCUCAACAAAGGGCCAUUGUGUGUUCAUGCACUGCAGUUCAAAUAGUUAUUUGUAUUCUGUGGCUAAAUGUUGCACCACCAUUCCCUGAUAAAGUCUUUGAGCAACGCAGUAAAAAAAUUAUUUUAGAAUGUAACACAGGCUCAGAUGCUGCAUUUUAUGCCGUUCUAGGGUACAUUGGCCUUCUUGCCAUAGUUUGCUUGGUCCUGGCCUUUUUAGCCAGAAAGCUACCUGAUAAUUUUAAUGAAGCAAAAUUCAUCGCAUUUAGUAUGCUUAUAUUCUGUGCAGUUUGGAUCACCUUCAUUCCAGCUUAUGUCAGCUCUCCUGGAAAGUAUACAGUAGCAGUAGAAAUAUUUGCAAUUCUGUCUUCAGCUUUUGGCCUACUCUUAUGCAUUUUUGUGCCUAAAUGUUACAUCAUUUUAAUCAAACCAGAGAGAAAUACAAGAAAACAUGUAAUGGGGAAAAAUCCCAAAAGUUAA